AUGCGUGCCAUUACUGGUUUGCGAAAAAAUAUUUUUUGUCUUAUUCAAAAGAAGGAAUACUGUAGUAAAACAAGAUUUUGUUACCCCCACAUGAAUGAGCUGCCCGUGCCGUGUGGUGCUUGGGAGCCCUGGUAUAGAGAAAAACAAGCCGUUUACAACAAACAUCUCUUUGCUGGAAUUGUAUGGUGGUUGUUUUCAUUUGGACUAGCUAUAUAUACAGAAAGCAUUUAUUUGAACUGGGGCCCACCAGCGCAACCUGGCCCACCCAGCGAUAUGGUUGAAGAGUGCGAUGACUCUGAUUCUUAA